AUGAUACUAAAUGAUGAAGACAGAGCCAAAGAUUCCGAGACCAGAAAAGAGGAUGCAUUUUCCGUGCAGCGCAACAAGUUUCGAGGUGGGAAACAACGUGGUGAUCAGAAUGAGAACAUUUUAAUCGAAAGAAAGGCUUUCGUGGCAAGAAACAAGUCUGCUCAGCUUGCAGAAAACGAAGAAAAUAGCGAGAUCAAUAAUGGUGAUGCGUUGAUUUCAAAUUCAUCAAACAUUACAAGAAAUUCAGAUUGGAUUAUCGACUCCGGAGCAACGCAGCACAUGACUUACGAUUUGGAAGGCUUAUGCAAUUACGUAGAAUUUAAGCAACCGUGUUUAGUAAACCUUGGAGAUAACCGCUCUAUUUUAGCGUAUGGCAAAGGAACUUAUAAGGUAAAAGCUAUUCUCGGCGACGGAAACAAAAACAUCUCGUUGCAGGAUGUUAUUGUAUUUACCUGA